AUGGAAGCAAUCGGUGACGUGGAGUUGAAGUACGAAAGAUCCAAUCCCUACGGUCCACCACCACACCACAACGCCCACCGUAUGCCGCCAACCGAGACUCAACCGUUACACAGUUACCCUCCACCUCAAAGCACCAGUAUGCCACCACCAGGCCAAGGGUGGACCCCCAACCCUUCACCUUACAGUGGUGAACCUAGCGAACAUCGACCACACCCAUCCGAAAAUGCUCAUCAACCUUCCUACCCGCCUCCACCGCCGCCUUAUCCUCCUUCGGGUCGAGAAACCCCAGGCUAUCCUCCACCUCAAGCCGAUCCAGGUUACGGACGCCCAGGAAGUGUCUCAGGUCCUACGAGAUCUCCUGCAGAAUCUCAUCACCCACAGUAUCACCCUCCGAGUAGCAAUCCCCACGAACAUCCCUAUUAUCCUCCUUCUGCCGACUAUAGACAACGGCAUGCGUAUUCUGGGCCUGAGGCCCAGCCCAACGGAACCCAUCAGCAACCCCUUCACGUAGUGACAGCUCAUGAAAUGAUGCCGGGCCAACCUCCCAGCCAAUCCAGUCAUUAUGGGCCUCCCUCGGCGGGACCCCCUUCAUCUGCUCCCUACUAUUACUCCGAGUUUGGUGGCCAACGCCGGAAGCCUGUCCGUGCCGCACAAGCUUGCGAUUCGUGUCGACAGCGAAAGGCAAAAUGUGAUGAAGGCCGACCGGAAUGUCAACACUGUAAGGAGAAUGGGCUCAAGUGCUCAUAUCGAGAAAUUCCACCGCAAAAAUCGGAAAAGCAAGUGCUCGCAAUUACGGCUCAGCUCGAUUCUCUGUCAGACAACGUGAAAUCAAUUGCUGAUGCUGGAAGAGCGCAGAACGCAAAGAUAGAUGCCAUUCUCAAUUUCCUGUCCCGCAGCCAACCUGAAGCCUUUGCUGGGCUUGAGAUGGGAACCCCGGAAGAGCGCAAGGAAAAUGUGGUCCGAUCUCAGGAAAAGACGGCAUCUGCAAGUCAAGCCAUCCCUUUCAGUAGAGAGGACAGCUCGGACGUGAGAACCACUCCUCACAUGGCGGGCCACUCCGCUCUUUCGGAUUUUAUAAGUCGUAAUGGGGACGAAACAGGAGGGGAUGGAUUGUCCAUGCCUUCUAAGCACACCACUGCAGCACAGUAUCUCCUCCAGUGGCCUUCUAUUGCUGCGUUAACUCCGCCCGGCAUCUCUCCGACAUAUGCCAUGGAGGAAGAGCGGGAAAGAGGACUCCUACGAUUAUACGGUUGUGGAGAAGGUGAAGACAAAGGCGAUGGACAUGAGGGUGCACCAAGUCCUUCCGGCAGCUCAUCUUCAGAUGGACGUCGACUCGACGAAGAAACAUCCUCCUCUCCCCAUGGUGUUUGGGGCGUCGGUCAAUUACAUGCACCAGGCAUGCCGAAUCAGGGUCACCCAGCGCGUGAACACCCAGGUGGAGUCAGUCCGCAUGGUGGUCUGAUGCUCGAUUCGGAUGCGGUAGAUCGCUACUUUCGGAGUUUCAUGGAACACAUUCACAUUCUCCAUCCUUUUCUAGAACCUAAAGUUCUCCGGAACAUGAUCCACACCUUCAAGCGAAAAUAUAGCUGGGAUUAUCGUGCGACACAGCCUGCUGGCGUUGUUGGCGCCAAAAGGAAACGAGAAAACACGGAAUCUCCACGCUCGGUGGAAGACCACAACACCCCUAGCCAUCUCGGAAGCCGCACCCAUACCAAAGCUUACAAUCCUGGUAUCAGUGCGCCUAUGAUUGAGCACUCUAUUGCGAAUGCAAUUGUGUUGCUUGUCAUUGCACUGGGAAAGGUCACGGCUCAUCGAGAUCCUCUGCCAGGCGCUGCAGCAACCACCAACAUGCGGACCUCGACACCCCACAGCAAUAUGUACUCGGAUCUCCCCAUGCCGAUGUCUGCGCCAACAUCUCCUUUCAAUAAUCAAGUUGGAUUGAAUGGCGUUAGUCAUCUUGGUGCAUCCAGCCCAGCCAACCCUCAGGGAAAGAACAUGGAUGUCAUUCCCGGACUGGCAUACUUUGCUAAAGCUGCAGACAUUAUCGGGGAACAUCCAGGAGGAAGUGAUGUGUCACAUAUUCAAGCAUAUCUGCUGGCAGGUCUGUAUAUGGGUCAACUUGCUCGCAUCUUGCCUAGUUUCUUCUACAUCCAGAAGGCAUGUGUGGCUACCCAAAUUCUUAUCGAGUCAACGGCUUAUGUACAAAACACCAUGAAGCCCUCCCGCCGAAAUCUCAUCAACUUCGCCUUUUGGUCAUGCCUGCAGUUGGAGAGCGAUAUCGCUGCCGAGUUCCACCUACCUGUCAGUGACAUUAGCAAACAUGAGCGUGCGCAAACUAUCAGUUACCCAACAAAUGCCACACUCGGCCCGAUCCCGGAGUCUAAUACCAGUGACGAUAUCCUAAAGUACUACUCGUUCCAAGUCAACUUGCGCAAGACCAUGAACAGCAUUCACGCAUCGCUUUACCGUGAGAAGAAGAAUACGAAUACGAGAUCUAGUGAUUCGGUGAUGCAUGCUCUAGAUGGGAUGUUUGAGGAGGUAAGAACAGAUACAUGGAGGAAAGCCGGGUUGGAUUGGGAUGACAACGACCACGAGAGCCCCAACAUCAACCUUGCUCGAUUAAGAGGGAAAUAUUAUGGCGCCAAGUAUAUCAUUUGGCGACCAGCCCUACAAUAUGCACUUCUCCUCGCCGCUGGAAUGAAGAAAGAGCCGAGCUCGGAAUCACCAUCUGGAAAUGGAGAGCACUCGGAGUUUACAUCACCAGCGAUGGAAAAUGCGUACCCUCCGAAUCGCUCAUGGAAGGAGGUGCCAGGUCUCGACCAGAAUCUCUUAGAAGGUGCUCGAAAGUGCGUCCAGGCUGCUAUACGCAGUACUACGGUGUUCGAUGCGGUGCCUCGACGACUUGUUGUCACCAAUAUUUUUGGCACUCUUCAUGCACAGUGGGGGAACAUGCUUGUCUUAUAUGCAACAUAUACUUCGAAGCAUGCAUCCCUGAGCUCACUGGUGAACGUAGAGAUACUGAAGAAACUACACGAUCGUACGGUAAGGAUUUUACGAGACCACGAGGCGAUUUCACCAGUUCUAGCCAAAGAUCUCAAAAUCCUGGAAUACGUACGACGAAAGGUCUUCCCACCCACGAGCUCAUCAUACGCACCGGCCAGUACGGCAUCCAGCUUUUCCAGUCGAUGA